AUGCCACAUGGGUGCCACCUUUGGGACUCAUUGAUUACUCGCCUCUAUAGCUGGGAGCGGCCCUACAGCGGUUCCCAGAGCGGAUAUAUUGCUUUCUUUCUCCAUUUAGACUGUCUCACUUUGUUUUCACCUUGUCUCACCUUGUUUCAGUUGUUUCACCGGGUUAGCCGGCUGAGGCGGUCCUGUGUGAUCUCAUUAACACUCCGGACUGACCUCCAGGUGGAGCUUUUGUCCGCUUUCUUAAAUACCUGUGGUCCAAGGGCGAUUCUUUCCUCAGACUCUUACUCUCUGGACCACAGUCUUGUCAUUAUAGAGCUUCUUUUUGGCACUCUCUCUGUGCCAGUCACUUUGUUGUCACUGCGCUCAACAAGCGCAGGAGGGACAACGACAGGAGCAAGAGGUGGAGGAGGUGCUGGGUCUGCCACAGGAUGA